AUCGCUUAUGAAUAGACUCACCAUCGGCGAGGGGCAUCUCAAUCCUAGGUUCAGUUGUCUGCCAUGUCCACGCAGCGACCAAGCUUGCUGGCUCAAGCAGAACAAAUAGCUCAAGAAUUUGACCUCAGUCCGGAUGAUGUCAGGCGAGUAACGCGACAUUUUGUUCACCAAAUCAAGGAUGGACUCGCCCAUCAGCGCGUCUGGCAGUUACCAUCCUAUGUGCGACUCGUGCCCACGGGCAGGGAGAAAGGCAAGUUUUUAGCUGUCGACCUCGGUGGCCGCAAUUGCAGAAUCUGCCUGGUCAAUUUGCACGGUAAUUCGACUUUCACCACGAUCCAGAGCAAGCACAGUGUACCGCCUGGGGUUAUGGUGAACCCCAGCUAUCGGCCUCUUUUCGACUUUAUUGCGCACCGGAUUGCGGAGUUCUUGGAUACGCAACCGGGUCUCCGGAACACCAAUCAGCAGCUGUACCAGUUAGGGUUCACAUUCAGUUUCACCUGUGAGCAAACAUCACUCGCGAGUGGGCGCCUUAUCCACUGGGACAAAGGGUGGGAUAUCCCCGAAGCCGUGGGUCAAGAUCCCUGUCGAAUGCUACAAGAAGCAAUCGAUCGACUAGGGCUUCCUGUUGUCGUGACGGUCCUUGCAAAUGAUGGCGUCGGUACACUUUUGACGCGAUCCUACACAUCGGGACAAACAGCUUCCACUCUCGCUGCGGUUAUCUUCGGGACGGGAACCAAUGCCGCCUAUGUCGAGAAGCUAGCGAAUGUGAGUAGGAUAGGCAGUGAAAUAGAUCCUGACGAGAUCAUGGUGAUGAAUACAGAAUGGGGAUGCUUUGAUGACCAAAUGGAGGUCUUGCCGCGAACCUCAUUCGACGACGAGCUGGAUGAAGCGUCUGCGGAUCCCGGGACCCAGAUGCUAGAAAAAAGAGUAUCAGGUUUGUAUCUCGGGGAGCUGCUUCGAUUGGUCAUGCUGAAACUGUUACGCCGGAAUGCUUUCACGAUGACGUGCAGCAACGCGUCGUGGGUCUUCCAACGAGACGGUAUCGACAGUUCUUUUCUCUCGGAGCUCGCAAAGGCGGAUCCUAAUCAUGCGAAAUGCGCGAUUCAGCUUAUCCAACACACGUUAUCUGCGGAGAAUGUCAGCGAGGCUGAUGCGCAGGCCAUCCAGCUAGUGGCUGCGGUUAUUGCUCGACGAGCAGCACGUUUAGCAGGCGCGUCCUUGGCCGCCAUCAUCAUUCAAAGUGGGAGACUUGAAAUGUCUGCAGACAGUGUCCCAGAUCCUGGUUAUUCCAUGAACCGUGUUCAACGCUUCACGGCUGAUGUGACUCUCCUCUGGCGCCGGCUGCUGCGCCUAGCAGGAAUCGGCUCGUCCAUUGGGAAGCCUCCGGCUCCGAUACCACCACUGGGGUCCAAGGAGGAUGAAAUUAUAGACAUUGGGGCCGACGGGUCACUGAUUGAAUUUUACCCUUCUUUUGAGGCCGAGAUGCGUGGAGCGAUGAGGGAUGUACCGGAGGUCGGACCUGCUGGGGAGCAACGAAUCCGGAUUAGUAUGGCUAAAGAUGGGUCUGGGGUGGGAGCCGCGCUCAUGGCCCAGGCAGCCAGUGAGAUGGAAGCUUGAUUUGUAGCUCACCUGGAAUACUCCAGGAGAUUGAAAGGUCAUAUGUAGGUCAACAUAUCGCGUCCCACAAUGGGCGUCAGGGUGGUGAGGAGACUAGAGGUCUGUUGUAUCGCUGGGAUGGGGGCGAUGGUUCCCUGCGAGUGAAUGAAGGAGAGAAACAAAAAGCUCCAAGUUAG